AUGCAGAAUAGUUUAAUAUUUCGAACGGCUAUUGCCGUAUGUAUAAUUGUAUCAAGUUUUGCUACAUUAACAAAACAUUAUGAUAUUUCUGAUGAUCGAUUAGAAAGUCUUUUCAAAAAUUGGCUUGAUCAACAUGAUCGUGAUUAUAAUUCAUUUGCUGAAUAUCAACAACGAAUGAUUGUUUUCAAAGAAAAUUAUAUUCAAAUUCAAAAAAUGAACGAAGUCUUCGGACAUGAUAUGAAAUUCGAAUUAAAUAAAUUUUCUGAUUUAACUGAAGAUGAAUUUCGAAAUACAAUUUUAAUGCGUCCUCAAGCACCACCAAUACAUUCACCAUCAAGAUUCAUGAAAGUUGAAAAUGUUGAAGAUUUACCUGCUUCAUUCGAUUGGCGUGAACAUAAUGCAGUUACACCAGUAAAAGAUCAAGGAUCGGUUGGUACAUGUUGGGCUUUUUCAACAGUUCAAAAUGUUGAAGGACAAUGGUUCCUAAAGAGUAAAACAUUAACAAACUUAUCUGUUGAACAAAUUGUUGAUUGUGAUGGCAUGCAAAAAAUUGAUUCAGCACAAGCUGAUUGUGGUGUUUAUGGUGGUUGGCCAUUUCUCAGUUUUCAAUAUUUAAUCAAACAAGGUGGUAUUGAACCUGAAACAGCCUAUCCUUAUUGUGCUGGAAUAAAAACACCAUGUGAACCAUGCAAUGCUCCAGGAUAUAAUAAAACUUUAUGUGGACCACCAAUUCCAUUUUGUUAUAUAAAAGAUAGUUGUGAAAGUAAACUUGACUCAACAAAAUUUGUAUCGAAUCUUAAAGUUGUCGAUUGGAAAGCAAUUAACGAAGAUGAAACAACGAUUGCCAAUGCUUUAAUGAGUACUGGUCCAUUAUCUGUAGCACUUAAUGCUGAAAUGUUACAAUUCUAUCAUAAAGGAGUAUUUAAUCCAAUUUUUUGUAAUCCAAAAAAUCUUGAUCAUGCUGUACUUCUUGUUGGUUGGGGAGAAGAAGGAUCGAAACCUUAUUGGAUUGUGAAAAAUAGUUGGGGUACUAGCUGGGGUGAACAAGGUUAUUUUCGUAUUUUACGUGGUAAAGGUACAUGUGGUAUUAAUACUCAAGUAACAACUGCAAUACUCGGUUAA